GUCACGUGACAGCAGCUGCAGUAUGGCGGAGCGGGACGAGACGGCGAGCAGCGGGAUUGUGCAGAGAGUCUUAUCUGUUGCUGGAGUUCCCAGUCUGGCCAGCAGUGUUUGGAGCUACGUGGAUAUCACCAUAAGGUGGUGUUGGAUCCCUGACUGGCUGCCCUCAUGGUGUCCCACCUCUCCGAGCCAUCUUAAGGCUGCAGAGGACAAGAUGCUGCGAUGCAUCAACACUGCAUUUGCCAGACAGUUUGUCCCCGUCUCCUGUGGCAACAUGUUGUGGACGCUGACUUUUUGCAGUGAAUAUGUUAAAGAUAAAACCCCUGUGGUUCUGCUGCAUGGCUUUGGAGGUGGCGUGGGUCUUUGGGCUCAGAACCUGGAAGCUCUCUCACAGGACCGACCAGUCUACGCUUUGGACCUGCUGGGCUUUGGCCAGAGCACCAGGCCUGUGUUCUCCACUGACCCCCAGGAAGCAGAAGCUCAGUUUGUGGAGUCUAUCGAACAGUGGAGGACCAAAGUGGGUCUCGAGUCCAUGAUACUCCUCGGUCACAACUUGGGAGGAUUCCUGGCUGUGUCCUAUUCUAUUAAAAACCCAGGCAGGGUUAAACAUAUCAUACUGGUGGAGCCGUGGGGUUUUCCUGAGUUUCAGGAGACGGUGGAAGCAGACCGACCCAUUCCUGUGUGGAUCAAAGCCUUUGGAGCUAUGUUCAGUCCCUUCAACCCCCUGGCUGGCCUGAGACUGGUUGGACCCCUCGGUCUCACUCUGGUUCAGACUCUCAGGCCUGACUUCAAGAAGAAGUUCUCCUCCAUGUUCUCGGACAACACUGUGUCAGAGUACAUCUACCACCUGAACGUCCAGUCUCCCAGUGGAGAAACGGCUUUUAAGAGCAUGACUGGUUCCUGCGGCUGGGCAAAGAGGCCCAUGCUGGACAGGUUGGACCAGCUACAUCCUGACAUCCCUAUCUCCAUCAUCUACGGCUCCCGCUCCUGUAUAGACAGCAUCUCGGCCAGCUCCAUCAAAGAGAUGAGAACCAACUCUCAUGUGGAGAUUAUUACCAUCCGAGGAGCUGGACACUACGUUUACGCCGACCAGCCUGACGACUUCAACCACAAAGUUCUGCAAGUGUGUGAAAACAUACACUGAGAACCGGACCGGGCAGGAUAUUAAACUCUGGAGAAAAAGGGGAGCAUGAUUUGCAUCACUUUAUGAUCUCAUAGAGGAAAAAAAGGAAAAUGUGUUUGUAGAUGGAGAUCAGAGCGUGGUUCAGAGUGUGACUCGGCCAUGAGGACAUGGUUAGGAUCAUCAGACCAGUGACUCAGUGGUAUUCCUAGAAACCCAAAUAAAUAUAGCUCCAGAGUUCAUGCCAUCCAUCAGAUCGGUGCUUUUUAACAGGAUUCCUUGAAUGAUCCAAUAAUCUCAGUUGGCCAGCAUUGUGUGGUUCAUUUGGAUGACGUCUGUGCGGCACAUGGACAAGUCUUACUUUACAUUCAUGGUCAGAGAGCUGGAGGAUGUAUUCCAAACUCUGGAACAUCCAUCUUGACCACUCCAUUAAUCUACAUGCAUCAUCUCACCCAAACCUCUUACAUUUUAUAAGAAUCUGAAAAUGAUAUUAUUUUCUUUAAAACGAAAUUUUUACAAAAAUAAAGAGAGUUUUUGUUCUAACCCAGCACCACUUUACCUCCACAGAUACAGGUGGGAGAUGUUCUGUCCAACAGACAGCAUGAGCGAAGAAGUGACCUCCACUAAAACAUGGUUCUUCUUUGCUCAGCCUUAGCUUUUCCUGUCCAGCUCUGACUGGUGUUACUGUUCUGGGCCUCCGAUUUACUGCUAACAGUGUAAUCAAACCAGUGGCCUCUUCCUCAGUCCUUUUAAUUAAGUUUGGAGGAUCCAGGGCAGCUGGUGUUCUUGGGAUGGAGAAGGUUCUAAUCUGAAAGAGUUUUUUAUUUCUCUGGUACAAAGAUUCUCAUUUAAUUGAACUGUUUUCAUCUGUUCAGAAUGAACAGAGUCAUGCAGUAGAUAGAAGAUUAGAAACAGUGGAAAACUGUUGAGUAACAAUAACUAUUCAGACUGAAGAGAAGAACCGCAUAUAUCUGAUGAAUGAGUGGUUUUCUAAACACAGCUCUUAUUUGUAUCUUUUUUGAAAAGCAAAAGAAGCAUUUUGUAAAUUAUUGGCUUUGUUGGUGAUCUAUUUAAAAUAGUUGUGUGCUUAAUGAGGGUUUGGGCUGAGAUCAGAUGAAUACUGAACAGCACAUCAAAUUGAAAUCAAUUAAAGCACAAACUAAGGACAUGGACAAUGUCUUUUCACAAAUGGAAAAAUCCAAAAAUGAAGAGCAGAGGAUUCAUACGGAAUAAACUGGGUUGUAUGUUUAUCUCUCUCUGAGCUAAAGUAGGAAGUCAGAGCGACUCUAUGUUAGGAAAUGAUCUAUCUAGCCAUUUUCUGUCUUUGUUUCACAAUGUUUUUCAGGAACUUUGGCUUUAAGUUUAAAGUUGCUUCCGAAAUCAAAUGUGCUCUGUCAGAAGGUAAGAUAUGUUCCUGCUUUUGAAUGUAAAAUGAUUCUGAAAAGGCUCUGUUGCCUACAUAGUCCAUGCUGCAUGGGUCCUACUGUAUAUUCAGUUUGAAUAAAUAAAUCAGAUGUUUGUCACAGACAUAUUUAA